AUGACGGACAAGAUCCCGGCCUUCGUACGGGUCUCCGGGCCUGCAAACAGCAGCUUCCUGGUCGGCUACCCAGGAAUAUCCGCCACGCUGCCGCGCAUCGAAGGUAAAGUCGAAAUCAGACCGUCACAAGGCUACUCGGCCCCCGUCGCCGUUUCGUUAGUACGCAUAUGUCUACAGCGCCGCGAGACCAUACACCCGGCCGCCAAGAACGUAGCCAAGCGUCACCUGGGCACGCCGCGGAGAGACACGACAGAUGUGGUCGGCAAAGAGCUGCUGCUCUUCCGGUGCGCCUCGGGCAAGGAGGCGGAGAACGUCAUCGCCAUGGACCUCCCGUUCGUCUUGUUUAUACCCUUUGGGCGAGGCGGCGAGGAGACGAACCGCAGGAUACCACCCGCGUCGUUGCAACUUGCAAGUAGGACGGCCGAGACAUACUACGAGUUGGUGGUCACUGUUCAGCAAGGGCAGAGCGUGCAGAACAAGUACGCCUUCCCCAUACCCCUACAGAGGUACGACACGUUAUCAACUUUUGGAAUGUACAACCGGCCCGAGACCAAGAUCGCGACCGCCGACAACAUCGUCACCCUGGGCAUCUCGCUACCGAGGUGGAGUUACGGGCCCAUGGAUCCCAUAACCGUAUAUAUCAAAAUCGCCCCCAACCUGGACUGGAUGGCCAAAGCGAGAAAGGUGACCAUCCAAAAGAUCACGCUGGCUAUUGAGGAGGAGAUAACAUACAACCCCGAGGGCGACGAGCCGACCAAGGAGGUCAACCGACUACACAAGCACGUCCAGAAUGUAGGCACCAAGCUGCCGGAGGCUGGUUAUGUCACCAACAUGGGCGUCAUCUUCCCGCAUAAGGACCUCCGGGACGCGCAAGGCAUAAUGAGGAGAGGGCAGCCCGCAUUCCCGAAUUACGAAGUCACGUCGUUUACCACAACCUCUACGCUUUACAAGAUCGAGUUCUUUCUCACCAUCAAGGCCUCAAUGACUUCAGCUAGGGAUAUUACGUUGAGACAACCUAUUGUCAUCUGCCCGAUGGACCAUCAGGCGUGCAAAGAGGAAAUGGAUGCGAUCGAACAGGCGGCCAAGGAUGCAUCUUCCGUCGAUCCGCACAACCCCAUGCUACCUGCGAGGAACAUUGUUCUUGCGAACGAUUAUAAUGCGCUGUCUACUCUGGGACUGUGCAUGGUGGGAGGGCAGAAGAAGCCACUGAUUGAGUGA